AUGCGUGUGAUGGCCUCCCGCUGGAACGCACAAUCCGUCCAGGGCAACUUCCACAGACCAGACACCGUUGGCUCGCAAGAACCUUCGGACGCAGCAGAUGCCGCCGCCACGAUAUUGGCGGAAAUGAGAGAUAAGCAAACCAACCCCAACAAGGCCACCUGGAUCGAUGCCUUGAGAGAACGCGAGAAGCUCAAGGCAGAGGGCAAGACUAUCGACAGUUUCACCUAUGUCAACCCGAUAACCACUGAAGUUGGCGAAAAGACAAGACAGGACUCCUUCACCUAUUUGCUCCUACCUUUCAAAAACGACAAGUGGCUCUGCGACGCCUACAUCAACGCCUUUGGUCGCUUGCGCGUGGGACAGUUGUUUCAGGAUUUGGACGCCUUGGCCGGGCGCAUAGCUUAUCGCCAUUGCUCGCCCGCGGAACCCGUUAACGUGACCGCGAGCGUCGAUAGAAUAUACAUGGUUAAAAAAGUCGAUGAGAUUAUCAACUACAACUUUGUCCUUGCUGGCAGUGUCACCUGGACGGGGAGGUCGAGUAUGGAGAUCACCGUUAAAGGGUAUGCGUUUGAAGACGAGGUAAAUGAAGAAACAUUAAACAGUGAAGAUGACUUGGCCCAGGAAAAUGUCUUUUUAACGGCAAACUUCACCUUUGUCGCUAGGAACCCCACGACGCAUAAAUCAUUUGCUAUCAAUCGCCUCUUGCCCGUCACGGAACAGGAUUGGAUCGAGUUCCGCAGAGCCGAGAGCCACAACAGCAAAAAGAAGUUGAUGGCCAAGAACCCCAAGAUCUUGGAACCAACCGCUGAAGAGCUGAAGUUGAUCUACGACAUGUGGCUCAGCUCAAAGUCGAUUCAACAAGAAGACAAGGUCAAGAACCAAGCAAACGGAUUGGCAUUCAUGAAGGAUACCACUCAGGAGUCAACCUUGUUUAUGCAACCGCAAUAUAGAAACCGCCACUCCUACAUGAUUUUCGGAGGCUACUUAUUGCGUCAAUCUUUUGAAUUGGCCUAUUGUACCGCGGCCGCCUUCUCAUGCGCCGGUCCGAGAUUCGUCAGUUUGGACUCGACAAAUUUCAAAUCGCCCGUCCCCGUGGGCUCAGUUCUCAGCAUGAACGCCUCCAUCUCAUACACGGAACACUUGCACAAGGACGACGUGGAAGAAAAAGACCACUCGCCAUUCAACUUCACCUUGCCCGCCAUGAACAAGAUCUCGAAGAACCCCAAUGCCUUUUUGAACGAGGCAGGCACCUUGAUCCAAGUUAAAGUCGACACGUUUACCCAGCAUUUGGAAUCGAACAAGGACAAGAAACCCGCUGGCACCUUCAUCUACUCCUUUUUCGUACCACGCGAUAGCUAUGGCGAAGGCGAAACUGGCUUUUGCUCAGUUAUACCUCAAACGUAUUCAGAAAUGAUGAGGUAUGUAAGUGGAAGACGCAGGGCUCGUGAAACUGCCCGAUUUGCAGAAACGUUACCUCAAAAUACUUAG